AUGAGCACCUUCGGAGAGAUCCUAAAGGAGAUUGGGGAGUUUGGUUUGUUUCAGAAACGGUUAUUGGCUGUGUUAUGCAUCCCCAGCAUAUUCGGUGCUUUUGAUGUGAUCAGUCAGGUAUUUACAGGAAUGAGCUUUCCACAUCACUGUAACACUGACUGGAUCUUGGAGCGUGGACCAAACCUGACCGAUGAGAGAAAAAGAAAUCUCACCAUCCCUGUGAACGAGGAUGGAAGAUUUGAAAGCUGUAAAAUGUUCACACCUGUGGAUUUGGAUUUGGAAACCAUUGAAGCAUAUGGACUUAACACUACAACUGAAUGCAUAGAUGGAUGGGACUAUGAGGCACCUUUAGGAGCUUCCAGCAUUACAACAGAGUUCAAUCUGGUUUGUGACAACAGAGGUUUGAUUGAAGCAUCACAGUCCAUCUACAUGGCAGGAUAUAUGGUUGGAGCGCUGGUGUUUGGGGCAAUUUCUGACAGGUUCGGACGGCGCUUUGCAAUCCUACUCUGCCUCUGUCUUCUUCUACUAAUGUUUAGUACAGGUGCUGCUUUCUCACCAAACGUCUAUGUGUACAUGGCCUUAAAAUUUUUCAGUGGGACGUCAGGAGGUGUCAAUAUUAUGAACACAUCUGUGAUGGGAGUGGAGUGGACUGACCCCUCUAAGGCUGCUCUCUGCACAAUGUUAAUCAUAAUGUUCUUUGCUGUUGGACUGAUGCUGUUGUCUGGCAUUGCCUAUUUAAUCCGCAACUGGAGGAUCCUGCAGUUGGUGCUCUUCAGCCCUCUUCUCCUUGUGCUGGGAUUCUUGUACUGGUUUCUCCCAGAGUCAGCUCGCUGGCUGAUGACCCACGGCAGGAAUGAGGAGGCACAAAAGGAGAUUCAGAGGGCAGCCAGGGUGAACAGGAGGACUGUCCCAGAAGAUCUGCUGGACAAUCUCAAGAUCGAGGGUACAUCCGAAAGAAGAAACAUGCUAGACAUAUUCCGUAAAUCGUAUUUGAGAAAACGUACUCUCAUAAUGGGCUAUAACUGGUUUUCAACAAGUCUUAUGUAUUACGGAUUUAGCCUGAAUGUUGGCAGUUUUGGUCUGAAUAUCUACCUCACACAGUUCAUUUUUGGUGCUGUUGAAAUUCCUGCAGUCCUGAGCGGUUUGGCUCUAAUUCAACAUUUUGGAAGGAGAAUAUGUCAAUCAGGCUUCCUGUUCUUUGGGGGUGCUGCUUGCCUUGUGGUCCUUGCUAUCCCAAAAGAUCUUCCUGUGGUGGUAACUAUCAUAGCCGUGCUGGGGAAAUUUGCUGCUACUGCCUCUUUCAACAUAGCCUACGUUUACACGGCAGAAUUAUACCCAACUAUUUUAAGGCAAAAUGGCUUUGGUGUAAACUCCAUGUGUGCUCGUGUGGCGGGCAUCCUCGCUCCACUAAUCAGGCUCCUGGACGUCUACCAUCACACCAUCCCCAUGCUCAUAUACGGCAUCAUUCCCAUUUUUGCUGGAGGUUUCUGUUUACUACUGCCUGAAACCCUCAAUGUUGAACUGCAGGACAACACCAAGCUCAAGAACCCAAUGAAUGGACAUGCUGCAACCAGUGCUGCACAAGUUAUUGAAGAACAUUUAAUUUAAACAAUUU